AUGGCCUACAGAGCAUCAACCGGCGACCUCAGCCGCGGCGAGCGCUGGGACAGAGACCGCUUCCUCUACGAGAGAGACCGCGACCGCUACGGCGACGAGCGAGUCCGCUACGAAGAAGACGACCGCGCCUACUCCAGAGAGCCCCGCGGCCUGCCCGCCCGCUUCAGAGACCUGUCCGUGUCCGUCGACAACGAGCGCUACGACCGCCGGCCGCCGCCGCCGGGACGCCCAUACGACGACGAGCACGCCGUGCGCGACCGCCGCUACUACCACGACGACGAGCCUCGCUUCGUGCGGGACCGCCACUCGCCCACCUCGUCCGACUUUGACCGCCGCGUCGUCAUCGAGAAGGAGCGCGUGGCGCGCAGCCCCUCGCCGCGCCGCCGGCCCGCCACCCUCCUGCGGCGCCAGUCGAGCCUCGACACCUUCGACCGCCGCCCGCGGUACUGGGAGCACGAGGAGGAGCAGCAGCAGCGGUACGGCCCGCCCGCCCGCAGGGAGGACUUCCGCCCGCCGACCAACGUGCCCAUCCCGCUGCCGCGCACGCGCGCCCUGCCCCCGCCGCGCCGCUUCGCCGAGCGCGACAGCUACGAGGAGAUACGCGUCUCGGACCCGGACUACUACGGCGACGAGGAGUUCCGCCCUUAUCCGGAGCGCAUCCGCGAGAAGGAGGUCGUGCGCGAGCGCCGGCGGGACCGCAGUCGCAGCCGCGACUCGCACCGCAGCCACCGCAGCGGCGGCGGCCACCACCACCACCUGCACCACCACCGCGGCCGGAGCCACCACGGCACCAGCGUCACGACGAGCACCUCGCGGUCGUCGAGCACGUCGAGCAGCUCGUCGAGCAGCAGCGGCGGCACGACCGUCAAGAGCGAGUACCCCAAGAAGGGCAAGACCAGGAUCCCGGCCCGCCUCGUCUCCAAGAGGGCCCUCAUCGACCUCGGCUACCCGUUCAUCGAAGAAGGCAACACUGUCGUCGUGCAGAAAGCGCUUGGACAGGAGAACAUCGAUGACCUGCUCAAGCUCAGCGAGGACUACAAGCGAAGUGAGAUGGAACUCGUCGUAGCCCGCUCCCACGCCGGCGACAUCAUCGAGGAGCGCCGGCAGGAGGUCUACAUGGCGCCGCCGCCCCAGCCCGCCAUCCAGGCCCCGCCGAUGCACCAGCAGCCCCCGCCGCACUUCAUGCCCGUCCGCAACCCGCCGCCGCCGCCGCCACCCCCACAGAACGUCGAGUUCGUCAACAACACGACCAUCAUCCGCGACGCCUCCCCGGCCCGCAGCUACACGACCUCGACCUCGUCGUACCCGUCGGCCGUCGUCGUCGACGCCCGGCCGCGCGAGAUCUCGGAGGAGAUCCCCGUGGGGCCCCUGGCGCUGGUCACGGCGGACCGGGAGCGCGAGGUCGUGCACCACCACCACCACGGCUCGCACUCGCGGCACCGGUCGCACUCGCGCGUCGGCAAGGAGAUCGUCACGGCGGAGCGGCUGAGCAACGGCGAGCUCGUCGUCUUUGAGGAGCGGGUCGAGAAGAUCGAGGAGCCGAGGCGCGGCGUGAGGAUCGAGAAGGACAAGAAAGGUCCGCCUCCCGGUCUCAUGAGGGCUAUGCUUGCGACUUUGACGUGA